GUGGCGUUAUUCGGUUUUCCAUUAUUUUUGUCUCAGUUUAACUUCUGAAACCAAAGCGUUCAGUGCAAAAUAAAAGUUAAGUUUUAAGAGUCGCCACAGCGGCGCAACGCUUCGUCGCUCUUUAGGGGUUUUCAAGUGCUCUGUCAAUAACUUUUGCAUUCUCGUUCUCAGAAGGAAAACAAAAUAUACGGGCCUGCUGAAACAGAGAAUUAACAGUACAUAUAUCACGCUUGUAGAAGCUGUCAUAGGGUACCAUGGCUUCUGUGACGUAGUGAAAUAAUUAGUUAUGUUAUUUUGUAGCCUCACACCUAACGUAGUCUUCCGGUGUUAUUAAAAUAAGAGUUCUGUAUCUCUAAAAGCUACACUAUCUACGAUGUAUUCGCUAUUGAUCCGUUAGGGGAUUUCAAUAUUUCCGUGUUCGAAAAGGGAAAAUCCGUGGUAGUUUUUUAUAUUUUAAACUUUAAAGGAGGGGGGGUUGAUAGAUUAGUUCCGCGAUUGACUUUUUCUGCUGGUAGGUGGGUUCUGUGCAAUAUCAAGGAAUCAAAAUGCCAUACAGAAAACCUCUGUAUCUUUCUCCUCUAUUUUCAUAGAAAGCAGAGAGAGCCUAGAAGACUAGUAGAUUGUCAAUUUGCGAUACCUGUAAGUGAAGUUUACUUUUACUCUCUUUGCUGUCACAGUGGAAUAUACUUUAAAUGGCUGGCAAGUCGACGGGGGACUUGUAUAAUGGCCUCUCAUCUGCACCAGGAGAAAGCGAGUACCCUUCUGGUUUUCCACAAAAUAUUUGUGAUGAUGUGCCACAGGAGAAGUACUUGUGCAGCAACUGUAAUAAUCUGCUGAAUAAAGCCAGACAAACACUGUGUGGCCAUCGUUACUGCUUAGCCUGUGUCAACUGGCUGAUGAGGAACAAUAUGAAUCUGGUGUGUAAGAAGUGCAAAGAAGAAGAUCCCAACUUAGACAAUGAGAACAGCAUUCUGAUACCAGAACGUUUCUUCAACGAUGCUGCUAUCAACAAAGAAAUUUCUGAGUUGAAGGUCCAUUGUGCUAACCAAGGCUGUAACUGGAGGAGCACACUGAAGAAUUAUGAGGAUCACCAAAGUCAGUGCGAUUAUGCAUUAAUCCCCUGCAACAUCGGCUGUGGGCACAUGGUUAUUAGAAAGAACCUUGCAAGCCAUUUGGAGAAAGGAUGUGCUAAAAACAUGUUGGUGUGUCAGACAUGCUCACAUAAAAUGAGUCAAGCAGAGUUCCAGAAACACACCUGUCAGAGCAGUCCUGCAAAAGAGAGAAAACCAUCAAAAACUGAAACAAGAGAAAAGAACCGACAGCUCUCAAGUGCAAAGAACAAAGAUCCGUGCCGUUUUUCUGAGGUUGGCUGCACUUUUAAGGGAACUAAAGAGAAAGUAAAAGAGCACGAAAGCACAGGUCUUGUGGCCCACUUGCAGCUCUUGCUUCAGGUGAUUAGCAACCUAAAAGUCUCCUGUCUCACAACAAUCAGCAAAGGGGAUGGGGGCAAAGCUCAUGUUUCAGGCACGGAGUUCAAGCUGACAGAGCUCGAGGAGAGUUUAGCCUCUAUGCAGAUGCAAGGAGCAGUGGAAGUGAAUGGGGACUUGGAGACCGAUGGAUACACAGAGCCCUCCAUUUCACAGGGAGCCCAGAAAGAACAACUAGGGGAAUUCAAACAGAAGCUUUCGGAGCUCCAGCAGAAAAUCUACAUCUAUGAGAAUAUUGUCACUGUCCUGAACAGAGAGGUGGAGAAGAACCAGGCAGCUGUGCUUGCACUUGAGCAUCAAAACAAAAACAGCCAGGACAACAUUGCAAACCUGGAGCUUCAGGUGGCAGAGCAGCAGGGGAAGCUUGCUGUGAAAGAUCUUCUCAUCAGUUCACUCCACUUGCGUAUCUCAGCACUGGAGGAGGCUUCGCAUGAUGGGACAUUUAUCUGGAAGAUCUCUAACCUUAGCAAAAAAAUGCAGGAGGCAGCAGCCGGCAGAGAAAACAACCUGUAUUCUCCAGCUUUCUACACAGGGAAGUACGGCUACAAGGUGUGCAUGAGGUGUUACCUGAACGGAGAUGGCAUGGGAAAAGGGACACACAUUUCCUUAUUCUUUGUGGUCAUGAAGGGGGAAUAUGAUGCUCUACUUUCCUGGCCAUUCAAGCAUAAGGUUACCUUUUUCCUCUUGGAUCAGAAUCAGAGGGAGCACGUGAUUGAUGCCUUUCGACCUGACCUUUCCUCCACCUCUUUCCAAAGGCCAGUCAGAGACAUGAAUGUGGCCAGUGGCUGCCCUCUUUUCUUUCCCCACGCCAAGCUGAAGUCUCCCAAGCACGCCUACAGCAAGGACGACACCCUGUUCAUAAAGUGCAUCGUAGACACAACUGCAUAAGCUCUUCAAAACACUUUCCACCAUUUAGUUAUGUAAUUACAAUUUUAGAAGUACAUUCCAGAGACAGUGGCUUUAAUAAUACGAGUACACUGGAUAUACAGAUUCCCACUGGAGCCAGUGCAUAUUGUAUAUGCAAAAUAAUUUCCAUUUCUGUUUUAAUAGAUUCGUUUUUCAUUUGUAUUUUUAAAAAUAGUGUUAAGAAAGGAAUUCAGGGUUUAUGUAUACUGUAUAUAUUUUCGAAAUUUGUAAACCAUCAGCAGAAAAGAUGACAUAUUUCCAUUUUUUUAUUUUCUGACAAUUACACAAGGAAAUAUUUAUUGUACUUGGAUUAGAUUAAGCUCUCAGAAACUUAGGCUUUGGAGAUUUUGUCAUAAAAUACAUUUAUUUUUUUAACAAAUAAAACUGACCAUUUCUUUUAAAACUGUAAACGUUUUAUAUUUUCAAUGCAUUACAAACAACUGUGUUAAAGACAUGAGAAGAUAAUGCUUGAAAUGCUCUCUAAGUAUGUUGCUUGAGAAUUAAUGGGAUGAUUUGUAGAGGAAUGUCAGAUCCUUCUGUUUACUAACCUCCUGAAUCUUUAUAUGUUCUGGCUGCUUUCUACGGUGCUAUAGGUUGAUGCCUUGAAAGAAAAUGAGAAUCAUUGAGGCUUAUUUUUCAGGUCUUAGGAGAGGAGCCUUCCUCUAAUUUAGCAAUACUUUUUCUAAUAGGAAUAUAUUAGAAAGGAAAUUAAAUAAUCAUCAGUAAUUAAAUAAAAGCCAUGAAAACUGGAUUAUUUUAUGUAUGCAAUUUAUGAUGGGGUUAUUCUUUGUUAAUUUCACUCUUCAUGUGAAGGUACCGUACUAUAUGCAGUACAGCCUUCAGAAAAAAAAACAGAAUGCUAACACUGAAUUUGAGUAUAGAGUGGAGCAAUCUGCUCUGGGUAAAAUCAAGGAGAUAUAUCUGCAGUAAUCAGGUAAAGAACUUUCUGCCACAGGCUGAGGUUGCUACCUCUCUGAGGAUCUGUAUGGUGUCCAGGGAAGGUGCACUAUGCUAUCUACUACCGCAGUCUGUUCUCUGUAAACCUGCAUUAGUAGAUGGCUAUUUCUGAUCUCCAAGGGGAGGUGUUCUUCUUCCUUGAGAAUGAAUGGAAGAAAUCUGUGGAGCUUUAAAACAUAAAUGACGUAAACACAAGAAAAAGAGGUCACUAUUAUCAGGCACUGAUGUGCUAUUGUGAGUGCUGAUUUAUUUUUGUAUUAAACUGAUUUUUCA